GGAGGCACUAUGUACUAUAAAACGUCCAAAUUAGUGGAUCAGUGGGCAAGUUCUCUCUGCGAGCAUCUGCCAGACUAAUCUGCUCAGGAUGCGAGUGCUCGGGGAGCUGCUAACUCUGCUGCUGCUGCUGCAAUGUGGUUUGACCAGAGGAGAGACUGAUCCAAAAUACCUGGUGGCAGUCACUUCCCAGGCAGUGGGCGGCAGUACAGAGACUCUGUGUGCACAGAUCCAUGAGCCAAAAGUGCCACUUAAUUUAGUGGUAACUUUGAUUUCCGACAAUGGGGAAGUGACCAUUCUAAAUCAGCAGUCCAUAACAAGAGAUUUCUACAAAUGUGUCCCCUUCAAGGUUCCUUCUGUGACUACAGAGUCUGUGGCAAAUGUCAAAGUUGUAAUUCAAGGGAACACAACAUCCAUUCUUAAAACAACUAAGAUCCUCAUCAAACCUCCAACAAAGCUCAUUUUCAUCCAAACAGACAAGCCUAUCUACAAGCCAGGACAAACAGUUAAAUUUCGAAUUGUGUCUUUGGAUUCCAGUUUCUUGCCUCACAAACAAGUGUUCCAAACAGUAGAGCUUCAGGACCCUAACUUCAAUCGCAUUGGUCAGUGGUUGAACCGGUCAACAAACAGUGGCAUUUUAGACCUCUCCCACCGCAUGACCCCAGGAGCCACUCAGGGUUAUUACACCAUCACCAUUUGGGAUGAGAAGAACCAACAAACAUCACAGUACUUUGAAAUUAAAGAAUACGUUCUGCCAAAAUAUGAAGUGAACAUCCAUCUUCCACCCAUUAUAACCAUCUUGGACAAAGAGGUCACUCUGAAAGUUUGUGCAAAAUACACUUAUGGAAAACCAGUGUUGGGAUCUGUGAACGCUGAAGUAUGUGCACAGACAUUUUACCGGUAUUAUUUUGAGGAACCUAUGCCUGAAAUGCUUGUUCGACCUAGGCGUGAAAAUCUUGAGGAACCUAUGCCUGAAAUGCUUGUUCGACCUACGCCUGAAAAUCUUGAGGAACCUAUGCCUGAAAUGCUUGUUCGACCUACGCCUGAAAAUCUUGAGGAACCUAUGCCUGAAAUGCUUGUUCGACCUAGGCCUGAAAAUCUUGAGGAACCUAUGCCUGAAAUGUUUGAUCGACGUGUGCCUAAAAUAACAAAAAUAUGCAAGAAAUAUUCUAUGACGACUGACAACACUGGGUGUGGGUCUCAGGUGAUCAAUGUGACAGAAUUUGGCUUGACUUUUAGCGGAUAUUUUGAAGUGAAUGGCAAAGUGGAAGAGUAUGGAACAGGGGUAAUUCUGGAGGAUACUGCCAGUGCUACAUUCACCAGUGAAUUUGUCAGAAUUUCCUUUGAGGACAUGCCAAUGACAUACAGGCCUGGCAUUGACAUUGAGGGAAAGGUUCUGGUCACUGGUCCACAGUUCAGCCCAAUGAAAAACGAACAAGUUUAUGUCUAUGCAACUUAUGGCGAUAAACAUGUGAAUGUGACAGUGACCUCAGACAGCAAUGGUAUUGCCUACUUCUCCUUCAAAACAACAGAUUGGUCCGAAUUACCUGUCAGUUUAGAGGCCCAGCUUAAAAAGGAUACACGCCAGUCAGCCUAUUUCUGGCUAAGGCCCUUUUACUCCAAAAGCAAAAGUUUCCUGAUGUUGGUGAAGGCUCCAGGCAAGUUCAGCUGUAAGACUGAUGCAGUUGUGCAGGCCAAUUACACCAUUCAAGGCAAUGCACUGAAACCGGGUCAGAAAACCUUGGCUUUCUUCUACAUGGUCUUGUCCAAAGGCAGUUUGGCUCAACACGGUCGUCUCUCUGUGAAUUUGAUGAGAGGAACAGAAAAAAGAGGGAAUCUGAGAAUCCCAUUAAAACAGAUGGCAACCCUGUCUCCAAUCGCCCAGGUGGUGGUGUACACGAUUCUUCCCAGUGGAGAAGCCGUAGCAGACAGUAUGGACUUCCCCACUGAACUAUGCCUGCCAAACAAGGUGUCUUUAAAUUUCUCAUCUCCCACUGCACUACCUGGAGAGAGGACAUCUCUUAAACUGAAAGCCCAGCCUGGUUCCCUGUGCUCUGUGCGGGCUAUUGAUCAGAGCGUGCUGCUGUUGAAACCAGAGGCUGAACUUAACGCAGAAUUUGUCUUCAACAUGUUACCAGUCCAAACGUUGGCAGGUUACCCAUACAAUGUUGAAGAGUGGGAGCCCUACAUCUGCAAAGAAGACAUGUUUCGCGGAAGACGCAAACGCUCCCGUUUCUAUUACCCUUACUACGGCAGCAGAGAUGAUGUUUACAACAUCUUUAAAGGUGUUGGAAUCAAAAUCGCUACCAACUCUGAUGUGAAGCAACCUAUUAAUUGUAACUGGAUGAUGACAAUGAAUAAAGUGGAGGGAGGUGCACCUAUGGCAGUUGCUAAAUCAGAAGCAAACAUGUUUGAUGGUGGACGUGUGAGAAAUCCUAUUGAGACCAUUCGCACAUACUUUCCAGAAACUUGGAUAUGGGAUCUUGUCCCUGUGGGGAGAUCAGGAUCUGUGGAUGUUGCAAAAACUGUUCCAGACACCAUCACUAAAUGGGCAGCAGGGGCUUUCUGUACAUCUCCUAUUGGUUUCGGUGUGGCCCCAAGCAUUAAUCUCACUGCCUUCCAGCCCUUCUUUGUGAGCCUGACCCUUCCUUAUUCUGUUAUUCGUGGGGAAGUGUUCACUCUCAAAGCCUCUGUAUUCAACUACCUCUCCAAAUGUAUCAUGGUGAAGGUAACACUAGCAAACUCAAAUAAGUUCUCUGCCAAACCAUGUGAAGGUUGCAAGUACACUCAGUGUGUCUGCGCUGGGGAGAGCAAAACAUUUCAAUGGAUUAUUACACCUUCUGCCCUGGGAGAAGUGAAAUUCACAGUUAGUGCUGAGACCGUGAAGACCAAGGAACUGUGUGGCAAGGAGGUAGUGACGAUGCCCGAAAGAGGACGUAUUGACACUGUCGUGCAGAAACUUCUGGUGGAGGCAGAGGGAACUAAACAGUCAGUCACUCACAAUGAACUCAUCUGCCUAACAGACCGUCCAGUGGAGACAACGGUCUCGCUCAAUCUACCAAACGUUUUUGUGAAGGAUUCUGAAGAAAGCUUUGUCACUGUACUGGGUGAUCUGAUGGGUCGUGCUUUGAAGAACAUUGCUAAUCUGCUGGCUAUGCCUUACGGCUGCGGAGAGCAGAACAUGCUGCUUUUUGCCCCUAAUAUCUACAUCCUUCAGUACCUGGAGAGCAGUGGGCAGCUCACUCCUGAGAUUAAGGGCAAAGCCAUAACCUUCCUGGAGAAUGGAUACCAGAGAGAGCUGGAAUACAAACAUGUGGAUGGAUCUUACAGCGCUUUUGGGAAUAGGGAUGCUUCUGGAAACACAUGGUUAACUGCAUUCGUGAUGAAGUCCUUCGGGGGGGCCAAGAAAUACAUAUUUGUAGAUGAGAAGUACAUCAGCCAGGCAAAGGAAUGGCUCGGUCAGCAGCAGCAGAAGAACGGCUGCUUCACCUCAGUGGGGAAACUCUUUCACAAUGAUAUGAAGGGUGGUGUCAGUGAUGAUGUGACUCUCACUGCAUACAUCACUGCUGCACUGCUGGAAUUAGGCAUCAAUAAAUCUGAUCCUAUGGUGGAGAAGAGCCUUGUAUGUCUGAAGGAGGCUUCCGGUAAUCUGAACAACACAUACUUCACCGCCCUGCUCUCCUACACAUUCACUCUUGCUGGGGAUGCACAGAUGAGGCAGAGACUCCUCACUAACUUGGACCAGCGAGCCAAGAAAGAAGGGAUUUUGCAGUACUGGACCAAUGCAAACAGUGCACAACAGCCAGGCUCUUUGGAGGUAGAGAUGAGUGCCUAUGUGUUGUUAGCGCUGCUCUCUGGACCUACGCUGCCUAGAUUUGGGCUCGGCUACUCUGCUAGUAUUGUGGGCUGGCUGGUCAAGCAGCAAAACGCCUAUGGAGGUUUUUCCUCUACACAGGAUACAGUGGUGGCCCUCCAGGCCCUUGCUAUGUAUAGUGCUGCCACCUACAGUUCAGAAGGAGACAUCACUGUCACUGUGACCUCCCCCACAAAUGAAAACUACCAGUUCACCGUGAACCAGCAAAACAGACUUCUUUACCAAGAGAAAGAGCUGCAGCCACCAACAGGCAAAUUCAAGCUGAAGGCUAAAGGCAAGGGCUGUGUGUUUGUGCAGUUUGCCUUGCAUUACAAUAUCCCACCGCCUCCUGAUACUUCGGCCUUCGGCAUCAAAACAAAUGUGUUUGGGGUUUGCAACAAUACAAAGAAUACAGCUCUCACUUUAAAUAUCACUGUCAGGUAUAACGGCAAACGAGAUGAGACCAACAUGGUGAUCGUUAACGUCAAGCUGCUGUCUGGAUUUAAGCUGGAUGAGACAUCUCUGCAGACUCUGAAGCAAGACCCCACCAUCAAACGUGUGGACCUGGACAUGGGACACGUCUUCAUCUAUUUGGAAAGGAUGAAAAACACGGAGACAAAGUUUUUCACCCUGAAACUCCUGCAAGACGUACCAGUGAAGCAACUGAAACCAGCUGUGGUGAAAGUCUAUGACUACUACAAGACCAGUGAAAAGUCUGUGAGUGAAUACUCCUCCCCAUGUGCAUAGAUUGUGAUGACCUGAAAAUGCCAUUGAUGAUAGCCAAGGAAACUUACAUCAGAACAUGUAUAGUGUGGUGAUAUUUUGAAAAGAACUGAAAGCUCAUUAAAGCAUACAUGCACACAUUUAACAAUGCAGUUAAUGCUGAUUGUGAAUAUAGGCAUUUAACUUGAACCUUCUAUCACUUUUUCAAUCUUAAAUCAGAAGUAAUGCAUUACUGUAUUGAUGGACGCCAGUUGCUGUUCAGAUGACAUAUGAAUGUUUGUAUGUUUUAUGAUUGUGAAUUAAUUCCAGAUUUGUUAAUUGACUUGGGAUGAGCUUUUUGUAAGGAUAAAUGUACUUUUGCAUAUUAAAGAAUUUGAAAACUACUGCAUC